AUGGGAGGUUGUUUUGGAUGCUGCAAUAAACCACCGCUUAUAGUUGCAGUGGAUGAGCCGUCUAAAGGAUUAAGGAUACAAGGUCGUUUAGUGAAGAAGCCAAGCGUGUCAGACGACUUCUGGAGCACAAGCACCUGCGAGAUGGAUAACAGCACGAUGCAGUCACAGAGAAGCAUGUCUUCUAUCAGCUUCACCAACAACACUGCUACUUCUGCUAGUACUAGCAACCCUACAGAAUUUGUAAACAACGGAUUGAACCUCUGGAACCAAACUAGGCAACAGUGGCUUGCGAAUGGAACUUCUCAAACAAAGAAGAAACAUCGAGAACCUACAAUAAGCUGGAAUGCAACAUAUGAGAGCUUGUUGGGUAUGAACAAAAGGUUUUCUCGUCCAAUACCUCUCCCUGAAAUGGUGGAUUUUCUGGUGGAUGUGUGGGAGCAAGAGGGCUUGUAUGAUUGA